UUCCAAAAUAACAAUCUCCGUCAACCGGGGUACCGGACCUGGCAAAACGAAUACGCCCAUUGGUGAGCUGUCACUUUUUGAAGAUGCGAGCUGCUAUCAGCUAACCACAAUUUUCACCAGUGGCGGUUAGUAAAAUGUACCGGACUGGGCACCCGAACCUAGAUAAACGUUGGUCUUUACAAAACCGCCCACUGUUUGGGGGCGAAAAAAAGUAGGAUAGAGGCACUAGAGGCAGCUGUCGAAAGGCUAGCUAUCGUAAGCUAACAAUAUAUAGUAGCUAGCUUGCCAUGUUGUUGUUACUGGGGAAAUGAAAGGGAUCCUCUCUCUCUUCACUUGCGAGAAAUGUGGAUCAAUUGUCAACACUUUGAUAGCUAGCUUUCUAAUGUUGUAGGUUAUAGGAUAGGUAGCUAGCUAGAGCUAGCUCACCAUGACUCACUCUUCCUAACGCGCCCGGAGAGAAUACAGUCAGUGUGACAACAACGGAGGCUAACGUUCGCUACCUGGGUACAACGGGAAAAGUCCAGCAUCUUUGACAUAUGACGGUACCACUCAGCUGGAGAGAUGUACUCACCAUCUAGAAAGGACUUCAUCGCGUUGACCCUCAGUGACCAACACAGCCGCAGCUACAACAACGGAAAGCACCGCCGCCAGUCCUGCUGGAGGAAGUGGAAGCAGCUGUCUCGGCUGCAGCGCAGUCUCAUCCUCUUCCUGCUAGCUCUGCUGCUGAUAUGUGGACUUCUCUUCUACCCAAGCUUCUCAGAGCAGUGGGGAGGCAUGUCGGACAAGGCGGUAAGGGAGGACUGGGAUGAAGACUGGGAAAGAGGCUUGAAACCCGUCCCUCCAGGGGUAAACCCUGUGGCUGGCCCAGCUGGAGGUCCGGCAGUGGGCCUGGCUGGUGUAGCAGUCGGCCCAGAGUUGGACCCAGGGUUGGGUCUAGCUGUGGCUCCAGGACUCAUACCAGAGGUCAUUCCAGAACCCCGGAGGCCAAAGGUCCCCUCUAUACCCAAACCUCCAGCCAAGAAGAGACCAUUCCCCAACAAGAGAGGCCCUCCAAGCCUGCAGAAGGAGCGGAAUGUAUCAGAUUCACUGGUAAAACCAGCUGAGAAAGUGCCAGUGGAGAAAGCUGAAGAGAAGGAGGGAGAGAAGCCUCUUGUCAGCUGGCGAGGAGCCAUGAUCGAGGCUAUCGAGGCUACAGAACCCCCACCCUCUGCCCAUGAGAAGGAUUUCGCUGUGCCUCCUGUGCCAGUCAACCCUGAGGACACAGCCCCACUGGCACCAGUUUCAGUGAAGCCUGUGGACAGGCUGGAGAUGGUGCGAGAGGCCUUUAGGCAUGCCUGGAAGGGCUAUAAGGAGUUUGCCUGGGGUCAUGAUGAGCUCAAGCCUGUGUCUAAGUCCUACGGGGAGUGGUUUGGCCUGGGCCUGACUAUCAUUGAUGCUCUGGACACAAUGUGGAUUCUGGGACUGAAAGAAGAGUUUGAGGAGGCGAGGAAGUGGGUGGAGACUGAGUUGUCAUUCUCUAAGAAUGUGGACGUGAACCUGUUUGAGAGCACCAUCCGGAUCCUGGGAGGCCUGCUAAGCACCUACCACCUGACUGGCGAUGAGAUGUUCCUGGAGAAGGCUAAAGAUAUUGGCUUGAGGUUGAUGCCUGCUUUCAAAACCCCCUCCAAGAUCCCCUUCUCUGACGUGAACAUUGGGAAGGGCACGGCCCACCCCCCUCGCUGGACGUCCGACAGCACCCUGGCCGAGGUCACCAGUGUCCAGCUGGAGUUCAGAGAGCUCAGCCGUCUCACCCAGGACCCGCAGUUCCAGGAGGUGGUGAAUGAGGUGAUGAGGCUGGUCCAUAAGCUGCCAGGGAAGCAUGACGGCCUGGUGCCCAUGUUCAUCAACACCAACAGCGGCCAGUUCACCCACAAAGGAGUCUUCACCCUGGGGGCCCGGGCUGACAGCUACUACGAGUACCUGCUCAAACAGUGGAUCCAGGGAGGCAAGACUGAACCAGAUCUGUUGGAGGACUACCUGGAGGCGAUAGAGGGGGUCAAGAAGCACCUGCUGAGAACCAGUGGCCCCAGAAAGCUGACCUUCGUAGGGGAGCUCAACCACAAUCGCUUCAACCCCAAGAUGGACCACCUGGUGUGUUUCCUGCCUGGCACGCUUGCGCUGGGUGCCCACAAUGGGCUGCCGGAGGAUCACAUGGAGCUGGCCCUGCAGCUGAUGGAGACGUGCCACCAGAUGUACAUCCAGAUGGAGACGGGCCUGAGCCCCGAGAUCGCCCACUUCAACCUGCAGCCCUACGACGGGCGAGACGUCGACGUCAAGCCUGCAGACAGACACAACCUCCUGAGACCAGAGACCGUGGAGAGUCUGUUCUACCUGUACAGGUUCACUAAGGAGGCCAAAUACAGAGACUGGGGCUGGGACAUCCUAGAGAGCUUCAACAGACACACCAGGGUGCCAAGUGGAGGCUACACUUCCAUCAGUAAUGUGCGCGACCCCGUGAACCCGGGUCCGAGGGACAAGAUGGAGAGCUUCUUCCUGGGGGAGACGCUCAAGUACUUCUACCUGCUGUUCUCAGACGACCUGGAGCUGCUCAGCCUGGACAAGUACGUGUUCAACACAGAGGCCCACCCACUACCCAUCUGGCAAUUGCCCCCUGUCUGAGACAGGAGGUGAUGUCAUAGAGAAGUAGCCUACCAUGAGAUCCCAGGAUUUGAACUUUCUAGCUGUUGCCUUCUCAAGGGAUCCAGCUUGACUCACUGUGCACAGUAGAAGACAAACUCGUCAAUGGGUUUUCAAGUGGAGAGAUUUUCCUUGGGUGGGGUUGGGGG